UUGCCAUAUGGUGGCGAUUUAAAAGAGACCUUCACCCAUUUCAUUUCGUAUACAUUAAUUCCAGGCGAGUCUAUUGCUAGGCAAAACGAGCGAGUUAUUUGUGUCCUAAAAUGGAAGUCCAAAAGGGAUGUGUUAAUGCUCUCUACAAAGCACUCAAAGGGAUUCACCACCGUCGUGAAAAAAGGAAGAGUGAUUCGCAAACCAAAAGUGAUUGUUGCCUACAACAAAGCAAAAGGCUCAGUAGACAUAAGUGACCAAAUGACCUCUUACUCGUCGCCAUUGCGAAAAACAGUAAAAUGGUACAAAAAAUUAGCUAUAGAGCUUGUUCUGAAUACUGCUCUUGUAAAUUCAUGGGUGAUGUAUUGUGAAAACAAAAAAACAGAUAUAGAGUUAGUCCAAUUCAGAAGGCAAUUGGUAGACUACUUGACUCAGACAGAAAGUGGACCUGAAGCAAGCAAUGAGCGACCAAGAAGAGUUAAACAUAAGCUUCAAACCAAAGAAGCUACUGUGAGAAGUACAAGGCGUUUUUGUGCGCAAUGUUAUAAAACUAAUGUUGAUACUUAUGGAUCCAAGGCCGCCAAAAACAAAACUAAAAAAGUCUCUACAUUUUGCAGCGAAUGCGAUAACGAACCGCAUUUAUGUUUGCCUUGUUUUAAUAGAAUUCAUAAAAUAUAA